CAACGAGAUACGGCAAGCUUUUGAUGUUGAUGGGAGACAUCAACUAUAGAUCAUUCAGCAGAAACUAACGCUUCGAAUGGAGAAGCCAAAAGCAAGCAUUGAAGGCCCCCUCUUGAGGUUCAUCACCCUUGACGGUGACCCGUCUCGUGCAGCUAACGACGAUGCGAUCCGGAAGCUUGUCAAGUCCAAUGCAUACCGAUCUCGGAAAGCACUGGCAGGAAUUCAAGCGACUCCCAAUCAAACAGAUUCGUCUUCUGUACCUACAUUAAACAGUGGCUUGGUGGCUGGGAAGUCACGAUUCGCUCUUUCGUCUCGGAAACCACUGAAAAGAGUCCGUCGCCAAGCUGCUUCAUAUUCUGGAUGCAAGUCCAACGACGAAUAUCUGGAGUUUAAUACUACAAGUGUGGUUCCUGAGACGACUGUAAAUUCCGUCGCCAACUUCAAUGUUCCUGAUGACGCCUAUCACGCCUCUCAUAGAUAUUCCAGGAGUAUGCGGUGCCAACCCCAGUAUUCCCCUGCUUCCUCACCCGUGAUAACAAAGUUGAAGAUCCAGACUACGGCCCAGCACUUUAUCGGUCAAGCUGUAGAUAUGCAGCACCUGUUCUACGACCUCGUGGGUCUUGCCGGAAAUGACGACGUUAUUUUCCACGCGAGCUCAUCUAUUACCUCUGUGUAUUAUGAUACUGGAGCGAAGGACCUCUUUCAUUGCCAACAAACCUUGAGCCUUGUGUCCCGACGAUUGAGCAACUGUACUCUACGGUCGACUGAUGAAACUAUUGCGGCAGUUGGGCUUCUUGUGGUCCACAAUAUCCUAGCAGGAACGAGUAAGCAUUCCACUUUGCAUAUGAACGGGCUCCAGCAAAUAGUUCACGCUCGUGGCGGGUUGGAUAAGCUCCCACCCCGACUGAGAAGGACACUGAGCAUGAUAGAUCUAUUUCACGCCACCACUUGGGGCUGCUCACCUCGAUUUCCACUCGUACGGCCACAUGUGGAUUUCUCCAUCACCCUCGAAGCGUUUCCAUCGUUAUCCCAAAAUGACUUCUGCUUCCUCAAGGCAUACAAUAAUUCAUAUUCAAAGUGGUCAAUGCACGGAAUGCUUCACGUUCUGAGGAUUCUUACAGCAGUGAGAUUCUCGGAUCCUUAUGGAGUUGUCAAUCAACUGGCACUCAGCGACGCCAUUUACCUGCUGGAGUAUCAACUGCUUUCACCUCAGCCAUGCCUCGAACCCGAAUUGCUCAAUUCUACCGGCCUUCAAGAAGCCUUUCGCCUGGCAGUGUUCCUGUAUAUCGAUCAGGUCCUGAAGUUAAUGCCUCCGUUAAACAUCAAGGGUCUGGUGAUCAGACUGAUCGGCGCUCUCAAGUCAAUUUCUCCCUCUAGGCAUGCUGAGACAUCAACACGCUCUCACUUGAGUGUCUUGCUGUGGAUUAUCAUGAUCGGUCGACUCAACGCUUAUAAUGCCGAUGACGUACAAUAUCUCAUGGAGGAGUUGGUCGUUGUGUGUAGGUAUCUGAACUUCAAGGAAAGAAUUGAUCUUCAGAGGUAUCUGGACGAAGUUGGCCCUAUGCUGCAGCCUUUCAAGCAGCAAUGCGAAGAGAUUUUGACACAGAUGGAGAAGUUCAAUCAUGUUGUUCAGUUAUAGUGUCGGCUUGUUGAUACUGUGGUCCGG